AUGAAAUAUAGGGGAAAUAAACUAGGACGUAUUGAUAGUCAACUUAUUUUACAAGUCGAGACCGAAAUUAAAUACUGGAAAGAAGUUCUAACCAGAAUAGUAGCUGUGGUGAAAUCAUUAAGUUGUAGAGGACUAUCAUUUAGAGGUCAUAAUGAUAAAUUUGGAUCAACUCAUAGUGGCAAUUUCAUCAUGUGUUUGGAACUAAUAGCAGAGUUUGAUCCUUUUCUAGCUAAUCAUAUUUCAAAAUUUGGAAAUAAGGGUAAAGGAAGUACUUCUUAUCUAUCUUUUUCUGUGUAUGAAAAGUUUAUAGAAAUGAUGGGUGAGAAAGUUAAAAACACUUUUAUUAAUGAAAUAAAUAACGCAAAGUAUUUUUCAAUUGUGGUUGAUUCAACCCCUGAUAUUUCACACACGGACCAACGUGCAUGCAUAUUUAGAUAUGUGAAAACUAAUGGUGAACCUGUAGAGAGAUUCUUACAAUUUAUUGCUAACUCUGGACACAAAUCUGAAGAUUUGGCAGAUGCAAUAUUUAUGGUGAUUGGUGAAAAUGAAUUAGAUAUUAAGAAUUGUCGAGGGCAGUCAUAUGACAAUGCAUCAAACAUGUCAGGUGUGUAUUCUAGACUUCAAGCUAGAAUAAAAGGGGCAUGUACUUAUGCUAUUUUUGUCCCAUGUGCAGCACAUUCAUUAAACUUGGUAGGAGAGUACGCUGCUAAUUGCUGUACAGUUGGUACUGAAUUUUUCAAUUUUCUUCAAGCUUUAUACACAUUUUUUUCUGCAUCUACAUAUCGUUGGAAAAUAUUGAGUGACUACCUGACUAAUUCCAAGAAUAAAACAGUAAAAAGAUUGUCUGAUACUCGAUGGGCAGCUAGACACGAAGCUUGUUCAAGUCUUUCUCAAAACUGGACAGAGCUUCUUAAAGCAUUGAACAGUUUUGUUGAAAAUCCAAUGGAAAAUUGUAAGACAAAAUGUGAAUCAACUAGAUUAAUAAAAAAAAUGAAUAGCUUGGAAAUGUGUAUUCUCGUGUCAUUUUGGAAUGAUAUUCUAGAGAGGUUUAACAGUACAAGCAAAAAAUUACAGACUAUUGAAAUUGAUCUGACAAUUGUUAUAAACCUAUACACAUCUUUAAUUCAUUAUAUAACAGAUUUAAGAAAUACUUUUUCACACUAUGAAAAACUAGCUAUGGAAAAAUCUGAAAUUAAAGAGUAUAAAGUUGUCAGGAAGAAGAAAAGAAAAGUACCAUACGAUGAAUCAUGUCAAGGCAACACAUCAUUUGAAGCUAGAGAAUCAUUUAAAAUAAACACAUAUUUUAUCAUAAUAGAUUCAUUACUUUCAGAGUUAAGGAAGCGUAAAAACUGUUAUGAUGAUAUUAAUACUAUGUUCAGAUUUUUUUCAAACAUUAUUGAUUUACCAGUAACUGAAGUGAGAAGGAAAGCUACCAAAUUACAGAGUCAGUAUCCUGAAGAUCUCGAUGGAUCAUUUAUAAAUGAGUGUAUUCAUAUUCAUGGAUACUUAAAAAGUUUUCCAGGAAAUGUAUCACCAAAAUCUAUUUUAGAGUUGUGCAAAAUCAUUGAAGAUCACAAUAUAGCAGAUGUCUACCCAUAUGUAGAUAUUGCUUUACGUAUGUAUUUAUGCUGUCCGGUUUCUAAUACUUCAGCUGAACGGUCAUUUAGUGUUCUGAAAAGAGUGAAAUCAUACUUGAGAUCUUCAAUGAAUGACAACCGUUUAAACAAUUUGGCAAUUUUAAAUAUAGAAUGUGAGAUAACUAAAUCAAUUAGUUAUAUUGAGGUCAUUGACGAUUUUGCUGCCCUAAAAUCUCAUCGUAAAAUAUAA